GCGCUCAGCUCCAAUACAAAGCUCAUCCUCUCGUGACCAUGUCGGGAUCGGAUGCCAAGUUUGAACUUUUCCCUGCACCUUCUCAUCUUGACAAAGGCGGUCUUCUCCCUCCACGAGUCUGGCCAGGACGAACGCCAGCGUCUAUAGCCACCCUCCGUCAAAUUCUCAAGGACAACCACGAGAAAUGGCACAUUUAUUUCAAUACCCGAGGCUUCCACAACCAUGCUGCUCAUACUGUGAUCGCCUUGUGGGCUCUUGGCGCCAACGAGGAAAUCCUCAAUGCGGCAUACCGAUACGCGAGCUCCUACCUUCUCCCGUUGUUUGAAUCGCCUGGCUUGAUUAAUGAGGGAAAUUGGGAGACACACCUCGGCGAUGAAAAAUAUUACCAGGCUUACAUCUCAUUUUUCACUGAAGAGGUCAAGGCGAAAGGAGUCGAUGCUGUCCUAGAAGAAUAUGUGUUUGCAACGAGUGCAAACUAUGUGUCAGGACAGACGGAACAACCUCAAAUGCUGGGCAGAUUGUUGGAUGCGGUCAUUCACCCAUUGAUUCACGUGGGUUAUGGCGUUGAAUUUGGCCUACCAGGCAUGGUGAUUGAAGGGCUUGCCUGGACUGCGGUUCAUAAAGGCUUUUCAACGUCCGUCUUGACCCAAACCCUUUUUUCGGAGCCCGCUCCUGAGAAGAAAGAUCAUCCAACACAUGCGUUUACUGUUCUUGGACGUGUUAUUUCUGAUCCACGGCUGGCCAACAACGCUGACCCUCAGGUUAUCAAAGAGUAUGUUGAUCAGUGGCAGCCAGAAGGUGAUGUCGCCAAACAUCUGGAGGAAUUGUUGUGGGUCAACUCCUUGGUUUAUGGAGUUGCCGGUUUGGAAGAGAUUGGGCAAUUUAAUGCGGACUUUUUCUAUAUGCACCUCGUCACAUCUUCCAUCUUCCUCCCUUCUCUCUGCGCUCGUCUAACCGAACGGUCUCAAACGCUGUUUCUACGCUCAUACUUUUUGAUUUCUCUCUCGCUUUACGUCGAGCGUGGUCGGCCUGCGCUCGACAUCCCUCGAUUCUUCGCGAAUGAUACAACGUUGCAUCCAGCUGAUGACUCAACUCCUCAUGCAGAGGGCUUGGUGUCAUUGCCCAGCGGUGUUACUCCAAACCCGUGGCUGUCAGUGAUCCAGACCUCAUUGGUUCACCAUGACGAGCAUGUUCCCAAGUUGCAGCGUGCUCUUUGUUAUCUCGCAGAACUAUUUGGAGGAACUCCCGCUGGUUACUUUAAAAACACGGAGUUGAAGGAUGCGGAAUUAGUUGACGGGACGCUUUUUGUGCGUACAGCCAACUUGUCGGCGAAGAGGACGGGUCGAGGAGAGGUUCCUUCACGCGAUGUGUGGGAUCGAAGGGGAUUUUUCCAGUUAAAAGCAUGAUUCUCCAACACCUCCAGAAGCUAUAUUCUUGUAAAUUUUAUGAAUUUUGAUUAU